ACUCCGUACUUAACAACGGCGAAAAUGGCGCGCUAAAACAGAUUCAACAAACUAUCCCCGCUUGCUACACCUAAUUCUAUUUGAUAUAUUCAGUUAAUAGUUAAUUAUAAAGUUUCAGUAUGUACAAGAGCUUUAAGGACAGCAGUAGAACUCCAAGUCAAAUGGAGCCCAACAGUAUCACAGAUAAAAUUGAUAAAGAAUUGAAAAAUGAACAAAAACGAGUGGACGUCUUAGACGAGCCUAAGAAUGUAAUGAUUAGCUACAGUCAUGCAAACAUGGCAGAAAUGAAGAGAUUAAAAAGUGGACUCGAAGAACACGGAGUUACAGUCUGGGCUGACAUUACUGGAUUAAAAGCUGGUAUGGAUUUUCUAAGUAAAAUUGGACAAGCUAUAUUAGAUGCCACGGUAUUUUUAUUUUUGUUUUUUUUUUCCAAUUCCGUGACAAGUUUAACACGGAUUGAAGAGAAUAGUUUUCUUUUAUCUUAUUUUUCACAGUGCUUUAUUUCACUUUUGAGUGAAAAAACUGUCGAAUCAAAAUACUGUCAGGAUGAGCUUGCCUUGGCUUAUAUUUCAAAAAAACCUAUUUUCCCUGUGGCUUUAGAACAACCGCGAAAUCUUUUCAAUAAAAUGGACGUUGGCAUGAAACUGCAGUUAGCUCGCUUUGAAUGGCGAUUAUUUCUAGAAGAAGAAGAUUACGAGAGUAAUUUGUUCAGUCUUGCCUCAAAGAUUAAGUCGGUUCUACAAACUGAGGUGGCAGAUUUCAAUGCCCCUAGCCAGCAUAUGGAACCAGUUCAAAAUCAACCAUCUCUUAGACGACAUCCAUCGAGAACAUCAAUAAGACCAAUAAAGGUUGAUAAAGAACCAAAGGAGUAUGAGAAUAAAGUAUCAAAUGAGAGUUUCUGGGAAAAGAAUUUCAAGGGAAGAAAUUAUAUAAAAUGGGAUCCUGAAUUUGAGGAAGCUUUUCUAAAGGAUGUAGAUAAGGCACUAAACAAUAUGAUAGAAUCUAAAGAUCAAAAGUGGCUACUAAAUAUACUGAAAAGAGAAUUGGAGGUGGCUGACAAUGGGGGAAGAGUGGUAAAAGAGAAUUAUGAUCGUAAGUUUCUUUUAAAAAAAAACUUUUGAAUUUCAGUACGUUUGUAUUCUUUUUUUAGAUUUUUGUACAAUAAACGAAGAGGAAUGUCCUUUUUGGACUUGUGUACAAGAGCAAGCUAUUGAAAGCUAUACGAUAAGAGAAGUCUUCAAUAUGGAGUCAACUGUUAGAGUGGAAGCGAUUGAAAAUCUUGGAAAAUUCCGUUCUAAGGCAGUUAUGGAAGCUCUACUUGAUCUACUCUAUGAUUCAGACAAUAACGUUCGUACAGUUGCCGCAAUAUCACUUGCAAAAACAGGCUCAAAUGAAGAAAAAGUAAUUAAAGCACUCAUAAAGUGUCUCAGUGACAAAGAUCGACUUGUUAGAGAGAGCGGAUGUCUCUCUUUAGGAAGACUUAAAGCAAAACAAGCUAUUUCUUCGCUAGUCCUUUUAUGGAGGAACGAUUUUAUCUCUAGCGUUAGAGACGCGGCCGCCUACGCACUCAAAGAAAUAGGAGGCGAAGAUGCCGAAGAAGCCAUGAGAAUAACAAACAUUUUAGCCCAAGAGAUUCGUACUCUAACCGAAGAGUAAGACAGAGUAAAAUAAUUCUCCUCAAAUAAUUGAUAACCGUACAGUUUUCAUUUUUGAGAUUAAUAUUUAUUACUUUUGUUAUAAUAACAAUAAAAAUAAAUAUUAUUGUUUGUAUAUUUUACUAUUUAAAUAUUCAUAUGUCCUGUAUAUACAUUGUAUAUAUCGCACAUGUAACAAUUCUUUUAUAGCGUUUAUCACACAUGAAGAGAAAAAAUUAAGAGAAAUAGUUAACUUGAAUGAAAUUAAUCAGCCGAAGGAGAUAUAGUAACAAAAAAAAAAAAACCAUUUUUCAAUGCAACUGCUUACAUAUAUAUACAAUAUAUAUAUAAACACUUUGACAUUUUAUCUUAAAAGCUAGUCUACCAAAAAAAUGCUUGAUCAGUGAAAUAACAAUAUUAAUAAUGAACAUAAAAUUAAUUAAAUAAUAAAAAAAAACAUAUUGGAAUCAGAAUAGCUUUCGUAAGAAAGAACUUUCCAACCAGCGAGGAUGCGAACGUUUCUUUGACGUUGUCGGAUAGAAGACAGUAGCUGGUUCCUCCGUACGUCCUACAGCAACACUGCAAAGAUAUUAAGAUUUUGCAGUUUUUUCCAAGAUAAAUAACGUUGAUCUUAUUAUUCGCCGUGGUGUGUUUUUUUUUUGCGGAACAAAGCAUCAAUCUGACUUGGCUAUUCAGGGUAUUUUAAGCAUAGAAGAGGGGGAUAUCGCUGUCAAUAAUUAGUAAGUAUAAAAUAAAAAUCGUCUUUAAAACAAAAACAAACAAAUAGUUUCUCGUUAAUUAUUUAGCAUUUUGAAGGGUUAAAAUACGAAUACUGUACGAUUCAAUGUUUACAAAAUGCACAUAAUAUCACAAUACCCAGCAUAACUGUCAAUCUCUCGAUUCUAAAAUGAAUUUUCUGCUGCAUAGAUCGUCGAAUUAAAAGUCAAUAUAAAAGCACCGAUGCGUUCAGAAGUUCAAAGAACCACUGUGUAAAAAAAUACAUGAAAAUCAUAGUUCUAGAAGCGGGAGAUGCGGUUUAUAUGGCUUUUUGUGUCAAUCAUAACAUAUGAGAUGGUGCAAAGCAUGAGCUGCACUUCUACGUUUAGUAGCAAUAGCGGGAGACCUGUGUUCUGGAUGGCUAGUCGUUGAGUUAAUGGGAGAUGGAGCAGGGGCCGCUUGACCAUUUGGGCUGGUCAUCGUACAGUCCAUAUCUUCUUCACUACAUUGCAUAUUAACUCCAUUAGGAUUCAUAUUAAGUUGGCUGAAAUCAGAGCAAUAAGCAGGUUGGGUUAAAUAGGAUUAUUGAGUAUGUAUGAAUUAAAAAUGUUCAUAAUAGCAUUCAUUAAAUAAAAGUUAAAUAUACCAUAUCAAAAAAAAAUCAAAAUUAAUUAUCUUUAGUUCUAUUUACAUAGUUUCUUAAUCAAUAUUGUCAAAUGCUAUAUUGGAUUAAUAUAAAUAUA